AUGGUCAUGAGUCAAGGACCUCAAUGACCCUUUGUUCUGCAGAUCUGACUGCCAGAAGUUAGAACUCUGGGCGUUGCUUGUGCCCCACAGCCGAACGUCGCUGCUGUUUCUGUGAGCGCGUGUCAAGACAUGACGCCCAGCUUUUCACGCGUGCCUCAUCUGAUUUAUCUUCCUUCUACUUCCACUACUUGCCUUUUGCGCAGCGUCAUCUAGCGCGAUGAUCAGCGUGCUGUGGUUGCUGCUGCUCUUCACUUGUAGCGCAGCAUGCACGGAGGUCACACACCUCGAGUUUAAUGUCACGUGGGUAAACCGCAACCCCGAUGGCAGACAAGACAGACCUGUCAUGGGCAUAAACGGCCAAUGGCCGAUACCUGCGCUGCAUGUCACGAAAGGAGAACAGCUUAUUGUCACAGUGAGGAAUCAGCUUGGCAAUGAGACAACGAGCUUGCAUUGGCACGGCUUGUACCAGAAUGGGACGGCGCAUAUGGACGGUCCGCCGGGUAUAACGCAGUGCGAGAUUCCCCAUGAUGACUACAUAGUCUAUGACUUCAAAAUCGAUCAACCAGGAACGUACUGGUUCCACUCCCACACACGAGGCCAAUAUCCCGACGGUCUGCGAGCUCCGCUCAUCGUGCACGAUCCCGAGAACCCAUUCAGAGAUGACUUUGACGAAGAGAUUGUGCUCUCCUUCUCGGAUUGGUACCAUGAUCUGAUGAGACCGCUUCUCAAGUCCUUCAUCAGCGUUACUAACCCCACUGGCGCUGAGCCUGUGCCGCAGUCGGCUCUGAUCAACGACGCGCAGAAUGUGACGGUUUUUGUUCAGUCAGGGAAGACAUAUAUGAUCCGCAUGGUGAACAUGGCUGCAUUUGCUGGCAUGUAUGUGUGGUUCCAGGGCUGCUCGAUGAGAAUUAUCGAGGUCGACGGCAUCUACACGGAGCCGGCUGAAGCGAGCAUGCUGUACUUUACAGCGGGGCAGCGUUACGCUGUGCUCCUCACUGUCGACAGCGACAGUGUCACCAACAUUCCUUUCGUUGCUAGCAUGGAUGAAGAACUGUUCGACGCGAUUCCGGAGGAUUUGAACUCAAAAGUGACUGGAUGGCUUGUAGUGGACAGCAAACAGGCCUUGCCACGACCGUCGGAAGUUAUUGCUUUCGAUCCCAUGGACGACUUCACACUCAAGCCACUUGAUAGAAUGGCUUCGCUUGACAUAGUGGAUAGGACCGUCACGCUAGAUAUUACGAUGGAUAAUCUGGGCGAUGGUGCGAACUAUGCCUUCUUCAACAACAGUACCUACGUCGAGCCCUGGGUCCCAGCUUUAUACACCGUUCUCACCUCCGGCGAACACGCCACCAAUCCCAUCAUCUACGGCAGCCACACCAACUCCAUCGUGCUGCACGGUAACGAAACCAUCGAAAUAAUCGUAAAUAACAACGAUGAUGGCAAACACCCGUUCCACCUGCACGGCCACGCCUUCCAAGUCAUCACCCGCUCCCCCGAAGACAGCGGCCGCUACCGACCCAGCCCAGCCCUGAAACUCUCCGCGCCUAUGCGCCGUGACACCAUCCUCGUCCAACCCAAUGGUCACGCCGUCCUGCGCUUCCGCAGCGACAACCCGGGCGUCUGGGUCUUUCACUGUCACAUCGAGUGGCAUGUAGCGUCAGGGCUGAUCGCGACGUUCAUCGAGGCGCCGCUCGCGAUCCAGGCAUCCGCCUCCGUGCCCCAAGAGCACUUUGAGCUGUGCACGCGCAACCACCCGGCCGUGCCGACGGCGGGAAACGCGGCGGGGAAUCGUGCUGAUUUCCUUGACUUGAGCGGCGAACCAGAACCGCCGGCCCCAUUACCUGGGGGCUUCACGCUCAGGGGGGCUGCCGCGCUGUUGCUUAGUGCGCUGAAUGCGCUGCUGAUGAUCGCCGCGAUUGCGUGGUAUGGGAUGGCGCAGGCAUCGGGUUCCAAGGCAGAUGCAGCGCCAGACCCCGCGGAGGGCGAGCAGCAACCUCUUCUGGCGGCUGGAUAGCGAGAUGGAUAGGUUGGGGUGGCAUCUGUGCUGGCGACGUCUGUGGCACUGUCAGGAUCAGAUGGAAAAUUUUCAGUUGUCAAUCCAAGUGAGCUGGGACGCACAGUGUACGUUACCAGGACAGGUUUGCACUCCGGAGCCUCACUAUCUCUUGCGCGCAAGCACACAGGCCUGUAAUUGGGUGUUAGUGUUCUGCAACCUUCCCUCUAUAAUCGUAUCAAGGUCUAAUACUAGCUACUGCAACAUUGCUCUUAUCGUUGA